CCGGCGUUGCCGGGGAGCCGCCGGGAGCGGGGGAUGUGGCCGGGAGGUGGGCGAAGGGGCGGCGGCGGCGGCGGGCUCGGGGGAUGGAGCUGCCGUGAGCAGCCGGUGGAGCAGCAGCGGCGGCAGGAACGGGCAGCGGCCGGCCCGAGGGGCGGAGAGCGCGGGGCGGAGGAGCGGCGGUAGUGCGGGGCGUCGGGGCGCCGGCUCCGAGGCCAGCCCGAGCGGCGCAGCAGUCCCAGCCGCCGCCUGCCCCGACCCGCUGCCGCUCCCAGCACGGAGGCCCAGGGAGCCGGGUGGCGGCGGCGGCGGCGGCGGCGGUGGCGGACGAGAGGAGGAAAGGGAGGAGGAAGAAGAGGAGGCGGAGGAGGAGGAAGAUGAAGCUCCUGAAGCCGACCUGGGUCAACCACAAUGGCAAGCCAAUAUUUUCAGUUGACAUUCAUCCUGAUGGGACCAAGUUUGCAACUGGAGGUCAAGGGCAGGAUUCUGGGAAGGUUGUGAUUUGGAAUAUGGCUCCUGUCAUCAAAGAAGAUGAUGAAAAGAAUGAGAAUAUACCCAAGAUGCUUUGUCAGAUGGACAAUCAUUUAGCUUGCGUGAAUUGUGUGCGAUGGUCGAACAACGGGCUUUAUCUGGCUUCCGGGGGAGACGACAAGCUGAUCAUGAUUUGGACGAGAGCAACGUAUAUUGGACCUAGCACAGUGUUUGGUUCCAGUAAUAAGCUUGCAAAUGUCGAGCAAUGGAGGUGUGUCUCAAUUCUUAGAAGACAUUCGGGGGAUGUCAUGGAUGUGGCAUGGUCUCCUCAUGAUGCUUGGCUGGCUUCUUGCAGUGUCGAUAACACUGUCGUCAUCUGGAAUGCCGUCAAAUUUCCGGAAAUCCUGGCCACUCUGAAGGGUCACUCGGGCUUAGUGAAGGGGCUUACCUGGGAUCCUGUUGGGAAAUACAUCGCAUCUCAAGCAGACGACAGAAGCUUAAAGGUGUGGCGGACUAUGGACUGGCAACUAGAAACCAGCAUUACCAAGCCGUUUGACGAGUGUGGAGGAACCACACAUGUUUUGCGCCUCAGCUGGUCACCCGACGGGCAUUAUUUAGUUUCUGCUCAUGCCAUGAAUAAUUCCGGGCCCACAGCACAGAUCAUUGAGAGAGAUGGGUGGAAAACCAACAUGGAUUUCGUAGGCCAUCGCAAAGCGGUGACUGUGGUGAAAUUCAAUCCAAAAAUCUUUAAAAAGAAGCAUAAGAACGGGAGCUCAACCAAGCCCAGCUGCCCUUAUUGCUGUUGUGCUGUUGGCAGUAAAGAUCGGUCCCUUUCUGUCUGGCUUACGUGUCUGAAAAGGCCGUUGGUGGUUAUACAUGAGCUGUUUGACAAGUCUAUCAUGGACAUCUCAUGGACCUUAAAUGGGCUUGGCAUCUUGGUGUGUUCCAUGGAUGGAUCAGUGGCAUUUCUGGAUUUUUCCCAGGAUGAACUUGGUGAUCCUCUGAGCGAGGAGGAAAAGAGCAACAUUCACCAGUCCACCUAUGGCAAAAGCUUGGCUAUCAUGACUGAGGCACAUCUGUCCACCACUAUAAUUGAGAAUCCAGAGAUGCUGAAGUACCAGCAAAGGCAACAGCAGGGAGAGCAUAAGAAUGACGCUGUGAGGAAUGCAGCAGGCGCGGCAAUGGCGGCCCCUAAAAUGGCGAGCAUGGUGAAUGGGGAGAGCUUGGAGGACAUCAGGAAAAAUCUUUUGAAGAAGCAGAGUGGAGACCGGACAACAGAUGGCGAGGAGAAGGAUCCACCUCUGUGCAUAGCUCAGCUGGACACUGGUGUAAACGCUACCUCUGCUUCAGCCGCUCCCCCUGCCUCAUCGCCCUCUGUGCUGACGACCCCUUCCAAGAUAGAACCGAUGAAAGCAUUUGAUUCCAGAUUUACCGAGCGGUCCAAAGCCACCUCAGGGACGGCUGCUAUUGCACACACAAAUCAAAUUGCCCUAGACAGGUUAAAAGAGCAGAACUCGAUUAGGGACAGUAAACCCCGGGAUCUCCUGGAGAGCAGCAGCGACAGCGAGGAGAAGAUCCCAGCUAAGCCUCACUCUCACUCGCUAUCCAAGCGUAAACUGGAGCUUGAGGCCGAAACUGUGGAAAAGAAGAAGAAAGGCAGGCCUCGAAAGGACUCCCGGCUGAUGGCCGUUCCUCUAACAGUGCAGUCCCCUGCAAUCCUGGCUUCCGAGAAGGAUGGCGCUUGCCACGGUGCCCCAUUAGCGAUUAAGCUGCCAACCCCACUCCCGCAGAAAUCGUUUACGUUGCAAGUCAGCUCGGAUCCCUCCAUGUACAUUGAAGUAGAGAAUGAAAUUACAUCAGCAGGAGGUUCAAAACUGAGCAGAUUAAAGUGCAAUCGAGAAGGCAAAGAGUGGGAAACGGUCCUCACCAGCAGGAUUCUCUCAGCAGCAGGAAGUUGUGAGGUGGUGAGCGUCGCUUGUGAAAAGCGGACCCUCUCGGUAUUUUCGGCUUGCGGCCGCCGCCUUCUCCCUCCCAUCGUCUUGCAUUCACCCAUCUCCACGUUGCACUGUACAGGUUUCUACGUCAUGGCUCUCACAACCGCUGCGACCCUCUCAGUCUGGAACGUUCAGAAACGAUCAGUCGUGGUGAAGGAUGAAUCCCUGCAAACAAUUUUAGCAGGCAGCGAAACCACUGUGUCUCAGAUCUUGUUGACACAACAUGGCAUCCCGAUAAUGAAUAUGUCUGAUGGAAAAGCAUAUUGCUUUAACCCUUCUCUUUCCUCCUGGAAUCUUGUGUCUGACAAGCAGGAGACUCUAGCACAAUGUGCAGACUUCAGGAACAGUUUACCGUCCCAGGAGGCUAUGUUGUGUUCGGGACCUUUAGCCAUAAUACAAGGGAGAACAUCCACUUCUGGGAGGCAAGCAGCGAGACUGUUCUCCAUGCCUCAUUUAGUACAGCAGGAAACGACCCUGGCGUACUUGGAGAGUCAGGUAGCAGCUGCCCUUACGCUACAGUCAAGUCACGAAUACCGCCAUUGGCUCCUUAUCUAUGCACGGUAUCUAGUUAACGAAGGGUUUGAAUAUCGAUUACGGGAAUUAUGCAAAGAUUUACUGGGUCCAGUCCAUUGCUCACCUAGCAGCCAGUGGGAAUCAACUGUUGUGGGUUUACGAAAGCGAGAGCUACUCAAGGAACUGCUUCCUGUCAUUGGGGAGAACCUUCGUUUCCAGCGGCUUUUCACAGAGUACCAAGAGCAACUGGACAUCUUGAAAGACAAAUAGCUUCUUCCCCAUUGUCUGUUUGACCAAUGAGAAAACUGGCAGAGCGGCAUGACUGAACAAGCUGCAAGCGGAGGGGCCGCUGUACAGACCGGAACACUCCUGGGAGGGGCAGUACAAGAACGGGCCGGAGGUGUUUUAACGGGCAAAAAUACUGUAGGUUUUUUAUAAAGGUCAUGAAAGAAAUACAUGGAAACGGGAUGGACCAGGCAGGUUCUCCAAAUGCCGUUUGAGCAUCUCCUUUGUGAUCGGUGGUUGCUGUGGAAAGCCGUGGAGAUGUUCUUCUGGAUCCUUUUGCAUCUGGAUCUCAAUGCAAGGAACUAUUAAAGUGUCUGUCGGAGAACCAUUUGGAUUUUGGGGAUAUCCAGUGAAAAGCACAGGAGACGAGAAUAAAUUUGGCAACCCACUAGCCUUUUUCCCAGGGUGCUCUGCCUAAAGAUUCAUGGAGGCUCUGUCCUAUGCUUGGGUUAUAAGGAACCCCCCCCCCCCCUUUAAAGAAAACUUCACUAAAAUGAACGUUUAAAGAAUUAUGCAGCCAACAGACUUGUAACUGUGAAUACACACAAACAAAUAAAACGCAGGCUGUUCCAACACAUGGACUAUUUUUGUACUAGAAUUUGCUAACUUGUAAUAUGGAAUUUUAUUUGGCCAAUAAUAACCAGAAUUUUUUUUUCUCCCUUACAAACCUCCCCAGUUGUAUGACUUAAAAAAAACCCUUGUUAAAUAUGACAGCUAUUGUUGCUGCGGAAUUGUACCAAAAUUAACACCUUCUGGUUUUUAAUUUUUAACUGUUUGUAAAAGGCAUUUGAGGGAUGGAGGGGGGAUAGCUGGAAGGGGGGGGGGCUGGGAUUUUGGGAGGGGAGGCGGGGGCUUUUGUAAAGUACAAACAAUAAAUGAACAAAGUGGACGAUUUUGUGCUGCUUGUGGUAGCAUUAAACCCGUACAGGCCGCCGCCUGUUAAAAGUAUGGCAUUGA